AUGGAAGUUCAACUUAUGGAGAAAUUUAAUAGAAAGGUAAAAUUUAAAGCUGAUCCAACCAAUGGAUUAUUGGAAGGUGCAAGAUCACUAAUUUUUAUACCAACUCAUAGUACCACUUUAUCACAAUUGACUUCUAUUGAAUCUGGAAUUAUAUAUGUAACUUGGGUAUUAUUUGUAGAACGUGGUGGGAUAGUAGUAUCAAAAGAUAUUAGUCUCGAGAUGUUACUAAAUACGAUUUCAAAACGAUUUAAUAUUAUUCUUAAUAUUGAUCGUAUUUCUUAUAAAAAUGGUGCGGGGGAAUUGAUUGUACUUAAAGAUGAAGAAGAUUGGAAAGUUGCAAAAUGGGAAGCUUCAUAUGAAAAGAAAAUUGGUGUAGAAAUUAUAAACAUUAAUAAUGAUCCCAUUACUACUGCCACCAAUGAUAGCAAUAUGAAUCCGUCAAUUAAAGUUAUAAUUCCAACUGACCCCCAAAGUCCCGCGUCUAUCGUAAAUUUAGGUGAUGAAUUUCAUGUAGAAUGGGAAGUUCAUGGAAUGACUGGAGAUCCCGAACUUUCAAUUCGAGUGAAUUCUGUACUUCCAACUUUACCCUUUCCAACUUAUCUUUCUAUAUGGGAAAACCCUCCUAUUGUAAAAUCAUCAAAAGGUUCAUAUAAAUUCACUAUUGAUCCAACAACAUUUCAAGCUGAUACUUGGUAUACUAUUACUAUUUCGGAGGUUAAUAAUGAAAAUAUUAAUGGAACUUCUGAUUCAUUCAUGAAAUGA